AUGGCAUUCCGGAGGCUAUUGUGCUUGAACGAGACAGCUGGUAAAAGCUUAUUUAAUAAUGUUUCUUGUCAGAAAAUUAUUUUGGAAGUUCCUAAUUCAUUUAAAAGUAUUCGGAGUUUCAAAAGACUGAGAGAUACUAAUGAUAUUGUUCAUAAGUCUGAGUUGACAGUCAAAAAUUUAUGGAAACCUCUCGGUUUUACAAUACUUUUUGGAAGUGCAGCUCAUCUUGGAGCAGCAAUAUGGGAAUAUGAAAAAAUUCGGAGUUAUAAAUUUAAUUCCAUGAAAAAAAAUAAUAUCAAUGAAAAAAUAAGAAGCUAUCUGCAGUCAGAAGAAGUUCAAACGUGGAGAGGAAAAGCACAAUCAUGGUGGCGAAAUUUAUCCAACGGUGAACGGAUCUUUGUACCAAUUUGUUACCUCAACGUAAUGGUAUUCUUAGCAUGGAGGGUACCCGCGUUCAGAGCAACGAUGACCAAGUAUUUUUGCGCUAACCCAGCUUCUAGUGCGAUCUGUUGGCCGAUGGUUCUUUCAACGUUCUCACAUCACUCGUUGCUGCAUUUGGGUACCAAUAUGUAUGUAUUGCACAGCUUUAGCACAGCUGCCGUUGGUACACUCGGGACUGAGCAGUUUGUAGCGCUUUACUUAACCAGUGGAGUGUUGUCCAGCUUUGCGAGUCACCUUUUCAAAGUUGUAUUUCAACGACCGGGAUUGUCUCUCGGCGCAGUAAGCAAUAUAUUUUAUUUAAACGGUGGUACUUCUGGCGCAAUCUUGGGAGUCGUUGCAUUUAUAUGUGCUCAGUAUCCCGACACACGAUUAGGAAUCGCAUUUCUUCCUAUGAUUACAUUUACAGCAGGAAAUGCAAUUAAAGGAUUGUUAGCGUUCGAUGUGAUUGGAUGUGUUAUGAGGUGGCGUUUUCUUGAUCACGCUGCUCAUUUAGGCGGAGCUAUGUGGGGCUUAUACUGGCAAAUGUGGGGAAAUACACAAAUUUGGCAAAACCGGAAAUCUUUUUUAAACUUAUGGCACAGUUUUCGUGACCCUCCACGAUCUCAUAGAUCAAAAUAA